AUGUUUCGGGUCAAGUUCGGUGUAGCUGCAGCAUCACAUCUAGCUAUAAAGGCCCUUCAACAGACCGCAAAGGAAGCUGUAGGACGUUAUGACAAGGCUGCGUCCGUUAUCCUUCGAGAUUUUUAUGUGGAUGAUUUGCUCACGGGCUCAUCUAACAUAGAAGAACUUCAGGUGAUACAAUGCGACGUAUCUACCGUGCUUGGUAGUGGUGGCUUCGAGUUAAGGCAGUGGGCUUCCAAUUGCCCAGAACUAACAGCAUCCAUACCUAACGCGUCAAAAGAAAUUUCUAAAUAUAUUGCCGAGGACAAGAAAGUGCAUGCAUUGGGUCUAAUUUGGAACACCAAAAGAGAUUAUUUAACGUUUGCAGUAAAUCUAAACGAGCCAAUACCGCUUCUUUCCAAAAGAGCGUACUUAUCCGAUUCAAGUGUUCUUUUCGAUCCGAUCGUACUUCUAUCACCUUGCACAAUAAAGUCAAAAAUUUGGUUUCAGGACUUGUGGCGCUCUAACGUCGAUUGGGAUGAUCCAGUUCCGAUGCCUAUAGCGAGGGAAUGGUGUCAUCAUCGAGAACAGUUAAAGUUGUUUUCAGACUUAAAGCUUAAAAGGUGGACAGGUAUUGGUGCGAAGGGUGCGUACACGCAGUUGCAUCUAUUUGCAGACGCGUCAGAGCGGGCAUACGCCGCUGUUAUUUAUGCUCGCACUAUACAGCCGUGUGGAGAAAUAACUGUCGCUUUGGCUAGUUCUAAGACCAAGGUUGCACCCCUGAAAGUUACAACACUUCCUCGUCUGGAGCUUUGCGCUGCAAACCUUGCAGCUAAGCUAGCGAAAACGAUUAUGGACAGCUUGCCUAACCAAACUUAUCCGAUGUUUGCGUGGCCUGACCCCACUAUCACCUUGGCGUGGCUGAAGGCUCACCAGAGUCGAUGGACUACGUUCAUUACAAAUCGAGUCGCAGACACUCAAGAAAUUGUACCGGCUGAAUCGUGGAAUCACAUACGUUCCGAAAUUAAUCCCGCUGACUGCGCUUCAAGAGGUUUAACUCCGCUUGAACUGAUGGAGCACCGGUUAUGGUGGAAUGGUCCUGAAUUCCUUAGCAGUUCAUAG